AAAGGGGAGUAGCUUUCUCAAAUCUGAUUCACCUUCUUCCCCUCUGUAUCUUUCUGAUCUCCCUCCUCUUUCAUGCUCUCAAGUUAAGAUCGAUCUCGGAGCUUAUCAAAAGAUUCCGACUUCGGCAAUUUCCACAGCUCAGAUGGCGAAUUAUCUUGCUCAGUUCCAGACGAUUAAGAACUCCUGCGAUCGCAUCGUCGCCGCCGUCGAAGAUGUGUCUGAUCUGUGGCCCACUGUUAAAGAAUUGUUCGAACAACAUCAGCCAUUGAAGAGAGCAGUCUUGACUAACAAGACUCGAAAUCCGGUUCUCGUUGAGAACUUGCCCGUUGAGUUCAUAUUAACUACAGACGCCAGACUUCGCAGCCGGUUCCCGCAUGAGCAGUAUUUGUACUGGUUCCGAGAACCAUACGCAACUAUUGUUCUUGUCACCUGUGAGGAUCUUGAUGAGUUUAAGAACAUUCUUAAACCACGUCUGAAAUUAAUUGUUCAGAACGAUGAGAAGGAAUGGUUUAUUGUAUUUGUAUCUAAGGCUCACCCGAGUAAUGAUCAAGCAACUAAGAAUGCCAAGAAAGUAUAUGCCAAGCUUGAAGUUGAUUUCAGUUCCAAAAAGAGAGAAAGGUGCUGUAAGCUGGAUAUACAUGGCCCCGACGCAAACUUUUGGGAGGAUCUAGAAUUAAAGAUUACCGAGUGCAUCAGGAAUACCUUGGAUAGGCGCGUUCAAUUCUACGAGGAUGAGAUUCGCAAACUCACCGAGCAGCGGUUUAUGCCAAUAUGGAACUUUUGUAACUUUUUCAUCCUAAAGGAAAGUUUGGCUUUCAUAUUUGAGAUUGCUCAUCUUCAUGAAGAUGCUUUACGUGAAUAUGAUGAACUAGAGCUCUGCUAUUUGGAAACAGUUAAUAUGCCUGGGAAACAGAGGGAUUUUGGAGGAUUCGACAGUGAAGAUGACCAAGCUGCGCUGCUGAAACCAGGAAGCAAACCACUGACACAGAUGGUUCAUGAUGAUUCUUUUAGAGAGUUUGAUUUUAGACAGUAUCUCUUUGCCUGUCAAUCUCGGCUGUUGUUCAAGUUGAAUCGUCCUUUUGAAGUUUCAUUUAGGGGAUAUUCUUUUGUUAUUAGCUUUGCAAAGGCCUUGACCUUCCAUGAGAGUGUACUUCCCUUCUGUUUGCGGGAAGUUUGGGUAUUGACUGCAUGUUUAGCGCUGCUCGAUGCAACUGCUUCUCAUCACAAUGAUGGCGUUGUUGCACCUGAUAUUGAGAAGGAGUUCUACCGUCUUCAGGGUGAUCUCUAUUCACUGUCACGGCUUAAGUUCAUGAGACUUGGAUAUCUGAUAGGAUAUGGAACAGACAUAGAAAAAAGUCCACUGAACAGCGCUUGUCUCAGUAUGCUGCCUUGGCCAAAACCAGCGGUCUGGCCAUCUCUUCCACCAGAUGCUUCCUCUGAGGUGCUUGAAAAAGAAAAGACUCUUCUACAAGCAACUUCAAGGACCAAGCACUUUGGUAUCCAACGGAAGCCUUUGCCCCUUGAACCAUCUGUCCUUCUACGUGUGGCUAACAGAAGAAGGGCUUCUCUUUCUACUGGAAAUAUUUCUGAAAUAUUUGAUGGCCGCCCAGGUUUUACUGAAGGAUCAGGUUUAGAAGCGUCUCCGAGAACCCCUUCAUCACUUAAAGUACAAGCAGCUCCCAUGUCGAGAACAAAUUCCUCACCUGGAAAUUUUGAGAGUCCGCUUGAUAGGCCUAUGAGGCUUGCUGAAAUUUUUGUUGCAGCUGAACACGCUCUGCGGCUUACCAUUUCGGAUCACGAUUUGUUGAAGACAUUGUCAUCUGUUCAGGAUUUCGAGCAUAAAUAUCUUAAUCUAACCAAAGGUGCCGCCGAAAACUAUCACCGUUCUUGGUGGAAGAGACAUGGAGUCGUUCUUGAUGGUGAAAUCGCAGCUGUCUGCUUCAAGCACGGGAAAUAUGAUUUGGCUGCAAACUCUUAUGAAAAAGUUUGCGCCCUUUAUGCGGGUGAAAGAUGGCAAGAUUUGCUAGCAGAAGUCUUGCCCAAUUUAGCUGAGUGUCAAAAGAUUCUUAAUGAUCAAGCUGGGUACAUGUCAUCUUGUGUUAGGCUACUUUCGUUGGAUAAGAGCUUAUUCUCGUCCAAGGAGCGGCAAGCGUUUCAGUCCGAGGUUGUCAAUAUUGCACACAGUGAAAUGAAGAACCCAGUUCCCUUAGAUGUGUCAUCAUUGAUAACAUUUUCUGGAAAUACUGGUCCUCCGCUUCAGUUGAGUGAUGGAGACCCUGGGAAUCUAUCUGUCACUGUGUGGAGUGGCUUUCCUGAUGAUAUCACCCUUGAUUCGCUUAGUCUUACCUUGGUAGCGACCAACAACACUGACGAAGGCGGCCAGGCUUUGAAGAGUUCAGCUGCAACUGUACUAAAGCCCGGAAGGAAUACUAUCACAUUUGAUUUGCCUCCACAAAAACCGGGUUCCUAUGUUCUGGGAGUCGUUACUGGCCAGAUUGGUCGCUUGAGAUUCAGGUCUCACAGCUUUUCAAAGGGUGGUCCUGGAGAAACUGAUGAUUUUAUGAGUUAUGAAAAGCCAACCAGACCUAUCCUCAAGGUGUCCAAACCAAGAGCUCUGGUUGAUCUUUCUGCAGCUGUAUCUUCUGCGCUGCUUAUAAAUGAAGCUCAGUGGAUUGGUGUCAUUGUACGUCCUAUUAAUUACUCACUGAAAGGCGCCAUCCUGCACAUUGAUACUGGUCCAGGGCUAAAGAUUGAAGACUCAUACGGCAUUGAGAUGGAGAGAUACGUAGAAACAGAUUGUGAUGCUGGUGCAACAAAAGCUGAAGUUUCUGUAGAAGAUAGCCAUGUCUCUCCAAAACUUGAUUCAGAGGUACUUAAUCUCUGCGACGGUAAAAUAGUUUUCUCAGAAUGGGCGAGCAAUGUGAGUUCUAUUCUGUGGGUCCCUGUUCGUGCAUUGAGUGAGAAGCUUGCUAGAGGUUCAUCUUCAGUCACUCCACUGAAACAAGAUAUUUUAGAGGGAAUGAGAACUGUGGCUCUGAAACUUGAAUUUGGUGUGCAUCAUAACCAGAUAUUUGAGAGAACGAUAGCUGCACAUUUCACCGACCCUUUUGACGUGACUACAAGGGUGGCAAACAAAUGCAAUGAUGGCACAUUGGUCUUGCAGGUUAUGCUACACUCCCUUGUCAAGGCCAACUUGAUAGUUCUUGAUGCUUGGCUUGAUCUUCAAGAUGGAUUUGUUCAUGGAAAAAGUGAUGGAAGACCAACUUCCACGUUUUUUCCGCUUGUUGUGUCUCCGGGGUCUAGAGCAGCAGUCGUGUUCAGUAUAUCCAUAGAGAAGACAAUGCCAUCAGGGAAAGAUUUGCAGCUACCAGAGAGCAUUCUGAAUAUCAAAUAUGAAAUCCAUGGUGAUAGAGCUGCUGGAGCACACAACCCAGUGGAUGCUGCAGAUCACUCUGUAGCUGAUGCUGAAAGGAGAGAUUUGGUGUUCAAGAGUGCUAUUGUUUUGCAGCGUCCAGUGCUUGAUCCUUGCCUGACAGUUGGAUUUCUUCCACUUCCUUCUGAUGGUCUUAGGGUCGGGAAACUUAUUACCAUGCAGUGGAGAGUCGAAAGGCUGAAAGAGCUCGAGGGAAGUGAAGCUGUAGAACAGCAACAUGAUGAGGUGUUAUACGAAGUCAAUGCAAAUUCGGAGAACUGGAUGAUUGCGGGUAGGAAGAGAGGUUAUGUCUCUCUCUCAGAGGAGCAAGGUUCAAGAGUGGUAAUAUCGAUACUAUGUGUUCCAUUAGUUGCGGGUUAUGUCCGUCCUCCUCAGCUCGGUUUGCCAAACGUGGAAGAAGCAAAUGUAAGCAGCAAUCCACCAGGUCCUCACUUAGUGUGCGUCUUGCCUCCACUUCUCAGUUCUUCUUAUUGCGUCCCUGUCAAGUAGUAAAGGUAGUUCACUUAAACAUUUUCCACUCCCGACUCAAAUUUCAUUAGAGUAUUUGCUGCGAGAACAGUCGAUAAGUAUUUUAUUGUAUGUUUUUUUUUUGUUGGUUUGCGACAUAGAAAUAUCAAAGAAUUGAGUUCAUUGGUCGUCAAUGAGAGUUUGAAUUACGCAAACAACACUUUUGUUUGAUACUAUUACACACCAAAUGAAUGUCACAAUCAAACUCUUUA